AUGGCUGCUCAAGAGGGGCAGGCAAAGCCCCAGAUCCAGCCAUGCAGGUACAAGACUGGGAAAACACUGGGCGCAGGGAGCUACUCGGUGGUAAAGGAGUGUGUGCAUAUAGACACCGGAAGAUACUAUGCGGCGAAAGUUAUCAACAAGAGGAUGAUGGCGGGCAGGGAGCAUAUGGUACGGAACGAGAUCGCAGUUUUGAAGAGGGUGUCGAUGGGCCAUCAAAAUAUUUUGACGCUAGUGGACUACUUCGAGACCAUGAACAAUUUGUACCUAGUAACCGACCUCGCCCUCGGCGGCGAAUUGUUCGAUCGAAUAUGUCGCAAAGGAAGCUACUACGAAUCCGACGCUGCAGACCUAAUCCGUGCAACUCUUUCCGCAGUCGCCUAUCUUCAUGACCAUGGGAUUGUACACCGCGAUCUGAAACCCGAGAACCUUUUAUUUCGAACACCAGAAGACAACGCAGAUUUGCUAAUAGCAGAUUUUGGUCUUUCAAGAAUAAUGGACGAAGAGGCGUUUCACGUUCUCACGACGACUUGCGGUACACCGGGCUACAUGGCCCCUGAAAUUUUCAAGAAGACCGGUCACGGCAAACCAGUAGACGUCUGGGCAAUAGGUGUAAUAACCUACUUCCUCCUCUGCGGCUACACCCCUUUCGACCGGGACUCCAAUCUCGAAGAAAUGCAAGCCAUCUUAGUCGCCGACUACUCCUUCACCCCCCUCGAAUAUUGGCGUUCCGUCUCCCUCUCCGCACGCGAGUUCGUCAAACGCUGUCUGACCAUCGACCCCCAACAACGCAUGACAGCACACGAAGCGCUCUCACACCCUUUUGUUGACGAAAUGGCGAGACAACAACGAGGUGAAGGUGCGAGAGGUGGAGGCGAUUUGUUACCUGUGAUUAAGAAGAAUUUCAAUGCGCGAAGGACUUUGCACGCGGCCAUUGAUACAAUACGGGCUAUUAACAAGCUGAGGGAAGGAGGUGCGGCGGGAUUGAUGGAGGGGGCUCUGAGCCAACAGCCGAAGGUCAAGCAGCAGGAUAAUGGGAAUGAGGCGAAGUGGAAUGAGGCGAAAUUUACGGGGCAGGGGGGUAAUCAGAUGGAGAUUGACAGUCGGGGAAAUGCGAGAGGCCAAACGGAGGAGCAGAUUCGGGAACAGCAGAGACGGGUUGAGGAGACGAGUCGAGGAUUAUGGGGACAGGCGAGGGGCUGA